AUGUCGUUUCCUCUUUUGCUGGCCCUCCUGCCGUCUGCACUGGCCUCCUUCCCUGUCCCACCCCAGCAGACCAAAGAGCAGCUCAGCCUCUUCCAGAAGACAUCGGCAGCAGCCAAAGAAGCCAGCGACGCAGCCACACCCAAGGUGUUGGAGUUCUUCGAUUCCACCGAGUUUCGGCGGGUGCUGCAGGGCUGCUGUCCCGAUGUCGCAGGGCUGAAGUCCACGGAGCUCUUGAGAAGGUACCGAGCAGAAGCUCAAAUCGCGGAACUUUCCCAUGCGCUUCCUGCCGAGCCACAAAAGAAGCAAAAAAAGGAGGUCUUCGACGACGUGACGGAGAAAGAAGUGGGCCAUCUAUCUUGGUUUCCGAACGAGUUUCAGAGUGCGUUGAUGCACAACGUGACGGCUUUGUCUGCGCCCAUCAACAACUACGCGCAGCAGCACAUCUUCGGAUCGGUUCCUUUCGCAGGCAUGCCUCCCACGUGGCAGGAAGCCGAAAAUCGGCUUAUCUACAUCGCGCACAACAUGCGGCGUUUAGACACAGGGUCUUUGCCGAAUUUCGGGGAUGUGACAGUCGUCUUCAACACCAGCCGCGUCAGAAACUCGGUGGUCAUCGCGCCGUAUGAUACCGGGCUGUUCACGAUGAACUGCUUGUUUCCCCACCUCCUUAUCCAGAAGGCGAAGAAACCUCUGAAUUGCACCGCUUGGCCUUCACCGGCCGUGGGUACUCUCGAUCACCUUGACCACCUCAUCAUUCCCAACCUGCAGAUUCCCUACAACCGCAGCGGCACCAACCAGACAUGGAAGGAUGGAGUCCGAACCCUGUGGUCCCGGGCCUUCACGGAGACACCAUACGAGGAUCUGCCGCCACUGACGUUAAAUGAUAUGGGAAAUUAUUUGGAGGCGGAUGUCUUAGCCAACCCGCGCUUGCCGGAUGCCGUAAAGUAUGUCAUCGGCAACUUUCCGAUCCUCUUCGGCACGGAUGAUGGCCGAAAGUUGCAGCAAAUUGCUGCAAACAGAUCCUGGCCCCUCUUUUGGGGGGUCGGGAACGGAGAGCCAGUCAAAAAGGACAAAAACUUCACCGACCCGAGCAAGUACCCAGGCAACCAACGCCUUGCAGAUCCGAGCAUCGUGGCCCUCACCAAUGCGACUCUCCCGUGGGGUGCCAAGCGCGCUUUCGACAAAGUCUGGGAAGAAGCAACGCUGGAGCGUUCAAAGCGCAACGUCACCAAAGAAGAUGUGAAGAGGUGGUGGACUAACCUGUCCUCGUCCGAGCUGCGUGUGGCACCUCUCUCCGCGUCCUCCUGCGCGAUUGCCGAUCGAUGUGUGGCUGUUGCCGCCGGCGAUUGUGUUUGCAUCUUGGAGACGCAACUCCUGACUGUUUGA